UGUUGUUAUCCAGUUCCCACCCCCUCGCCAUUGUAGCAUGGAUGCGAGUGUCUAUCGCCUAGCUACCGUUACAAAGCCAUACAGGAUUAUUUAAUUUGCAGGCUAACACACUUCGGUCCUGUUUCUGACUUGUGCACACUUUGAGGAUUAACCUAUACCUAACUGGGGCUUGGUUUUCACCACUGGAAAGCUUUUAUACGCGAACGUUUCGAGACAGACUUGUCUAGGCUGCUUCCAUAAUCAAAAUGGCGGACAACGAAGAUGAGAGCAGUAAUACGAACGGCACUGCUUUGACUCACGAUAGUGCUGAAUCUGAAGCGAGCGUAUCGGCCACCACUAGCUCUCAGAUUGAGGGGAAAAACGAAGAUGGCAGCGGUGAGGGAGUGGUGAGUGGUGAAGCGGGUGAAGGUGAACAAGGCCUGGCACAGUUAGUAACCGUAAGCGCUGAUGGCAAAGCUGCUGACGGAUCUCCAGAAGUGAUCGGGCAAAUUUUGGGCGCUGAGGUCUUAACGUCUUUUGUGCAGGCGUCUGAGAACACAGAGGACGCCGUGACCACAGAGUGUACGACAAUCAGUAGCGAUUUUCUGAACGCCCUCGGCCCCGCGACUACAAUCAUUUAUGUUCAGCCUGACGGUAGUUUCGUGGAGAGCUCCGGGCUCUCAGUGGAGGAGCAGCAGCAGUUACUGGAGCAGCUCUCCAAACAGCAGCUCGUGCAGGUCACCGGAAACGAAGCGACCCGCCUGCUCGAGCAGAGCCAGGCACCGGCCCCGGCACCCAAACCCGCCCAGAGCGUCAAACCCGCCGUGAUCUCCAGCGUGGACGUGCAACAGGUCAUAGAUCACGUGAACAAGUCGCAGGUGCGCGCACAGGCUGAGCUGAGCCGCUCCCACACCUCGACCCCGAAAAUCCUACAGAGGAGCGUCCAGGCUCAGACUCCGUCAUUUGUCACUCUGGAGGCAGGAAAUGUUAUUUCAGGACAGCUGACCACCACGUUACAGCCACAGCCGUUUACUAUCGUGCAGAACGCAUCACAACAGCUGCAGAGUGUCGCCAAACAGGUGGCACUGCACCAGUCACAAAACGGAGCACAGCCCGUCCAGCAAAAGCUAGCUGAACCAAUCCACAUUCAAGUGCAGGCUCCACCGAAACAGGAAAUCAAGCAACGCCAGGCCGCUCCCAUCACCAUCCUCCAGUCGCAAAGCCUUCCAGUAAGCCAGUCUGUGGUAAAGGUCUCCACUGUAGGCACAGUCAGUGCUCCUCAGAUUAUACACAUCACACCGGUGCCUGGUCAGCAGCAAUAUUUCUUACAGAAUGCAGGAGAACCUCCAAUUCAGCUUCUCCUUCAGAAGCCGGCUCCUGUAGUUAGCAGCAUUUCAGUUCCAAUUGUACACAAAGUCCAGACUCCUGCCUCUUCCUCCAACUCUGCCACUGCCACAAAGAGUCCUGCAGCCAAGCCAGCUACGGUUUCCAUUCACCCCACAUUAAUUUUAACUCCUUCCACUAGUGUUUCAUCCACAACCACCAAGGUAUUAACAACACAAACCAAACCCACAACAGUGGUUACCAAGGUUUUGGCUCCGACUGAAAAAGAGAAACCCAAAGUUAAAAACCGCCAGAAAAAGCCUUUGAAAAUCCAGACGCGUUCUGGUCGAGUGUCUCGGCCGCCCAAGCAUAAAGUAAAGGACUACAAGUUCAUUAAAACUGAGGACUUGGCAGAGAGCCAUCAGUCAGAUUCAGACGACUACUCGGAGAUCAGCGUGGAAGACGAAGAGGGCAGCGAGGGCAAGAAGAAAACAGAUGUUGAUGGUUUGUCCCUCCGUAGCAAAGCGUUUAAAUGUGAAACAUGUGAGAAGUCAUACAUAGGCAUUGCAGGUUUAAACAGACACUAUAAACUCAAGCCCACUCAUGACAAAAGUCAGGCAUCAAGUCCGGUUGUGAAAGGAGACUCCAAACCCACGGAAGGCCAAACACAGACUGAAGCGCCUAAAAGCAAUCCUGUGAAGGAUGACACGCCACAAAAAGUGCAAGCAGAUUCUACAAGACAGAUAGUACCCCGAAGGCCUGGCAGACCCAAGGGCUCCGGCAAAUCUAAUCUUCCAAAAAGGCUUGGAAGGAAACCGAAGAGAGGAAGACCGGGUCGGCCACCCAAACUCCAAACAGCACUUACUGUGGAGGAGCAGGCACAGAGACGGAGAAUUCGACUCACAGAGUUUAUACAGCAGUAUGAUGAUGAAGACCUGAUGGAGAUUGUUCUUCCACGCCUGGCUAAGGUCAUGACUCUGUGGGAGUUUGUGCUAAUGAAGGUAGAAAACGGCCAUUUGUCCAAGCAGCAGUUCCCUAGCGUGUAUCAUGAAUUUGAGGAACUCCAUAGCCAUGUGAAGAAGAUGGCACAGGAGCACUUUAGUAUUUCACCAGCUUCCCGAGCAGCUAUAGACGUCACCAAUAUGGAUGUCUUAAAAUCGCUGGGCAUCACUGAUCCGUCUAGCGCAUUAACACCACUGCACGCCUCUAAUGGACAACAGGCCACAAUAAAAAAUCAAGCUACAAAGAUUCCACGGAGUAUUGAGAAUACCAGGAUGUUGCCUCCAGCGAAGAGGUUUAAAAUGGAAAACUGCUUCGGAGAAAAUAAUGACUCUGCAGUUAAUCAGAACGGUAUUCAGAAGCACGAGACUAAUGAGGACUCCAUGCUGCUCCGAGAGCCACAGGUGGUCCUGACUCGUCUAGAAAACUUAACGAACACUGAAGCAGACCCUGCAUCAAGGACAGAAGAAGCAGCUAUGGACACGGGAGAAUGUCUUCAUGAUCCUGAAGCAUGUAAACCACAAGAAGACCCUGAUGGAGAGCUUUCAGAGGUUCUCAACAGCGGCGGGAGCGUAGACAUUACAGAUGAGGUGAAACAGCUGGAAGAAGUGCUGAGCUCAGAAACAUGUAAGGAAAUCCUGGGGAAAGACGAGAACUGUAACCCUGCACAAACGGAAAGCGUAGACGAGGCAGAAGUUGUAGGAGAUUCUGUUGUCACUGAGGUGGUCAUGGAGUCUGCUGAGACUCAGGAAGAGACAUCGGUUUUUAUCCAAACAGCAGAGGGCCUUGUCCGACAGAGUGCUGAGGAACUUGCUUCCAAGGGAAUAGUGAUAGUAAACGGACCUGAUGGCAGCACAGUGCACAUCGAGGCUCCAGAAGGAGUUCCUUUAGAGACUGUCCACGCACUGUUGGGUAUAGAAACUGAGAAAAAGAUUGAGUAAGCUCCAACCUCUGAAACCUUUCUGAAAUUUCAAGACAGCUCUAUCAGUGUGGUGUUUUUUUUUUUCCCCCCCAAGGAACUUUUUAUUGCAGAUUUUUGUACAUUUGUAAAAACAAAGUAUUAUUAUUAAUAAUGUUCCAGAUUUUGUGCAUUGUUUUUGUUCAGUCUUUUGUUAAAAAAAUGUAGGAGUUUGGACAUGUAGGCCUUAUACCUUUACAUUUCAUUGCCAAGAUGGCGUGUUUUCACGUACUAAGGCCAUGGCAGAACUCAGUAGCUUAUAUACUGUAUACAGUGAUAUAAUGUACAGUAUGACAAUGUGAAAUACCUAAUGCUGAGUUUAAAUAGAAAACUGCUUAAAGUUCUUUGUAUGUGUUUUGGUUUUAAACUGCUUAAUGAUUUACAGACUUCAAAUUGUGCAUUUAGAUCUUUUUGAAAGGAAAAACAUGUUAAACUAAUAUGUACAAAAUGCCCAGGAUGAGAAAGUUCAUAAGUGGAUAAACAUGUUGUAAGUGUCUAAAAUCCCGGUUUACUUCUUGUUCUACUGUUACAUGUUAAAUAGUAGUUUGUCCAGUUCGAUAAUUGUUUAAAAAGCACUAUUUUAUUACUUUUUAUAUAAUCUUUGGACAUCAUGUUUUUUCAAACAUCUCAACAUUUGUAAUAUGAAGAGAAUACAUAAACAGAUGAAAUUAAACCAAUAUUUCUGAUUGA